AUGUUUCUUGUAUGAUCAACGAAACUACUGCAUCAACAGAAUUGUUCUACCUACAGCUAGACGAUAUUGAUGUUUAUUUGAAAUUGGUGAAUAAUGAGAGCAUUCAAAGUAAUACAAGUUCCGAAUUUAUAUUAACUAUUACAUGCGAAGAUGGAACAGAAAACACAGAAUUCAAACUCAAAAUUAAGUUUCAACCGAAGAACAAGGGAACACCGACAAUUCCUUCGACCGAUUCUAAUGCCAUACCAAUCAUUAUAGGGGUAUGCGUGUUUAUUUUGUGUCUUACUAUUUUGGUCAUAUUUGCAUGCAUUUGGAAAAGGCGGAGAAAACUAGUUGUGAACGAAACAUCGGAGGACAAACUAAAACACGCCACGAUUUCAAUCGCUGUAGGUCUUACGGAUAAUCCGUAUCAUGAUAUGGGACAAACUGCAGAACAGCAUAACACGAACGAUUAUGUAGAAAUGGCCGCCAAACCACCCCCAAAGGAGAAAGCAUUUCACUUAGGUACGACCGAGGUCGGCGCUUACACUGAAGCGUGGAGAUGAUCCAUUCACUUUGAUAUACAUUUCAUUAACAUAAAUAUUGUUUCUUUUUCUUAUUGAUUUGAUAUAAAAUACCAAAUUGCUUUUGUAAAAGAUAAAUAAGGACGGGUAUUUCAGAACGGUUUGAUCAUAUCGCCUAGAAUUUUAUUUAUUUCAUCAAGCAUGUCAAGGUUUAUACUUAGGGGAAUGUAUUCUAUUUGUAAAAAUAUUCGUUAACAUUUAAUUUGUCAGCAUAUAAAAACAAUAUAUAUUGAUUUUUACUGUAUACACAUAUUUAUAAUUCAUGUACUUUUUAGUGUAUUGCAGUUUCUAUUUAUUUGCUUUUUAUA